AUGAAUGUCUCUACCGAAUCUCAAUUCCCUAUGAAACUGCCACGAAAAAUUGAAUACCAAGUGAACAAGCCAGCUCCUACAAUCGCCAAAACAGUUGAGAAACAGUAUCCUGAAUUAUCUUUUUUAAGCGACAGUGAAGAAAUUCAUGAAUUUUAUCAAGUAGCCAGCGGGAAUCUUUGUCUUGUAUGGG